UAACUGCUAAUCUAUUCUGUUCAAUAACAGAAAAGUGAAAAGUACGUUUACUUAUAUUCAUGUUUCAUUAUAAGAAUGAGCCCAGUUAAGGUUUGUUUCCGUAUCUUUGGUCUUUUCUUCCCUUCACAAACGAACAUAACAUUCCACUCCUUUGAAAUCCAAAGCAACUUUGUUUCCAACAUGAUGUCCAAUAAUUUUAUCAAGUUAUUCCUGCGCAAAUUUACUAAAGUAUUUAUGAAGAAGAGAAAGAAAAAGGAUGCAGACUCUGUAGACUUUAACAGUAGCAGAAAGGAUGGUUAUAGUUCUUCUGCAUCUUCCUAUAAUAGCGAUUUUGAAGAGGAAUUGAAGCAAUUUGAAGCAUAUGAGCAAAACAAUCAAAUCCUCAGUAAAAAGUUGAAGAGGCAAGGAAUUGUGAUUGAUGGAAGUCUAAUGUUUAUCAAGGCUCCUUCUAGCAUUACUGCUGCUUAUCAUUUCAAGCAAAUGCUACUUCUCGGGUGUCAAGAUAGUGAUGUGGUGUCUGAAGCUUUCAUUGUAGCGCCUGUAUCUUGA